AGGAAGUGAAGCUCACACACGCACUAAAUAUUAGCGGUUUAUGUAACUCGUUGGAUUUAAGAAGAAACACGUCUUUGUUUGGUGUUAUUUAGCUCAGAAAAGGAGUUUAACCGGUGUCGGUGAACAUGGAGCUGUGAGGUGAGCCGUUGGACGUACCGGAGCCUUUAUUAGCUCAGCUUUCACGUUGCUAUGCUAACGUUAGCAUGCUAGGCCAGCCUUUAUGUUAAUGAUAAAUAUUGAGCUUUUCAGUUCAUAAAUGAGUCGUACAAUUCAACACUAAGCUUAAUGUUGGGUGUAGACGUUAUAUAAAGUUCGAAGUGGAUGAAUUAUGUAGUAUAAUGUCUCAAUAUCCAGUUUAUGGCAGUAAUGGGUGUCGCUGACUGGACAAAGCACCUGCAUGUCUAAACGUCGAUUGUGCCUCAGUUAAUAUAAUUAUUAUAUUACUUAUCAGCCAGUUAAAUGCUCAUUCUCUCUGUCAGUAUAUUACGUUAGUAGUUUAAUUGAUUCAGUUUCGGGAAACAGGAGGACAUCCAUCCAGUUUCCAAGCUGAAAAAAUAUCCUGUGUUGGCCAGCAGUUGAAAACCCUAUAAUGCAACUUAUUGCUUCCGAGUGGAAUAAACCAGUAGAUAUUCACCAGUGUAUUUAUUUUGGCAUGUUUGCUUUAACCACGCUCAAACGAUAAUCAUAAUAGAUUUCUGAAGGCCGAUUUUUUGUGUCACACACAUUCAAGCCGCAUCGUUACUUCAGUGUUGGUAUUGCACUCAUUGCGAACUUGUAAUGGAUAGAUUACAAUACGUAAAGAUCGAUGCAUUAGGCUGUGAUAACAUGGCUUUUAGUCUAAUGUGGGUCAAACCCAAAUAUCCUGCUGGAGCCUACAAUUUCCAAAAUAUACCUUCAUGGCGUCUUUGGUUAGACCUUCUCUGUCUGAUAAACACGUCUCUCAAACUCCUCUAGAGCCACAGCAGAUGUCAUAUAAUUGUUAACUACUCAUUAGGGCUGCACAAUAUUUCAACAUUAUAUUGAUAUUGUGAUACAACUGUACACAUCGUCUUUUGUGGAUAUAGUAACAUCAUAAGGCAUACGUUCUGCCUUUUCCUGAUUUUAAAGGUUGUAUUACAGUGAAAUUGUCAUUUUCUGAACUUAAUAGACUGUUUUAGCUGUUCUAGUCUUUGCCUUUACCAACAUUGCCAUUAAAUUGACAUUACUAAUUAUUAGGGUGAUUAUCAAAAAUCUCAUGGUGUAAAUAUUUUGUGAAAGCACCAAUAUGCAUUUCCUUGGUGGAAAGCAAAGAAGAAAGAAUGAAUUAAAUGGUUGUACUGUGUCUUAAAUGUAAUUAAUUCACCCUAUCUUUCCUGCCAGUUUGGUCUGAAUCCUCAGAAGUUGAGUCCCUAUCCAGGGCCCUUUGGGGCCCAGGAAGAGGAUGCAUCGUGGUGGCGAUAAGGACUUCCAGAUAUCAGCACGAAAAAUGGGCACAUCCUUGCUCUUCCAGCUGUCGGCUCACGAACGAGAGCUAGAUUUGGUUUUUCUGGACCACAGCUAUGCCAAGCCCUGGAAUGCUCACCCUGAUGCCAGCAGCGCCCGGCCCACAAGGACACUGUUUGUCACUCCUCGUCGCCAGCCUGAAGCCUUGUCAGACUCUGAUCCUUUAAUAGACGUGGAGACAGUCACACCUAUACCUGUUCCCCUGUAUGAUAACCACAAGGCUCUUGGUGUGAUGAAGGAGUGUGAGCGGCAUGUCCUGUUUGCUCGCACUGUUGCUGAUAGUCCACCACCCCCUGAUGACUGGGAGGAACAUAUAAACAAGACUGGAUGGUCAGUGGCUCAAAACAAAUUGUUCAAUAAAGUGCUCAAAGCUCUGCAAGCUGAAAGACUAGCCCGCUUAGCCAAUGAACAUGCUUCCAAUGAGCCGAUUUUACGGCGAAUAGCUGUGGACAAGUGUGCCAGAAAGGUGCGGCAUGCAUUAGCAAGUGUGAACUGGGAUACCAAAUUGACGCAAUGGUUACAUACCACCAUGAUUGAAUCCUUGAGUCUCGCCAUGCUUGCCGCUUACCUGGAUGUGCUGCAGACUCUCAAAAGCAAAUUGCCCACACUGAUUGACAGAAUGUUGCUAACAACAUCCGCAAAGACUGGUGCUCCAAGUGCAGAGGCCCUGUCGCUGUUACUGAAACGUCCCUGGGACCCAGCUGUUGGAGUUCUGUCUCAAAACAAACCGAGCAAGCUUCCUGGAUCCCCACUCAUCCUAAUUGCACCAUCAAGUCCAACUAAUCCUGCCCUGUCCACCUCGCGGCGAAUGAGAUUCUGGCAGUCACAGCUCUCCUGUUUGGGAAAGGUAAUUCCAGUCCACACUCAUGUGAACAGCGGAGCCAAUAUUAGCAUAACCCAGUGUCUAGAACACAUGUUGGGCACCGUCAGAGCCAAGGUCAUGGAGGUUCACAGUCACUUUCCUCACAAACCUAUCAUCUUGGUUGGCUGGAAUGCUGGAGCACUCAUUGCGUGUCAUGUAUCCCUCAUGGAGUAUCUGACAGCUGUGGUGUGUCUUGGAUUCCCCCUGCUAACAGUCAAUGGGCCAAGAGGGGAUGUGGAUGACCCGCUGCUGGACAUGAAGACUCCAGUGUUGUUUGUGGUUGGCCAGAAUACUCUGCAGUGCAGCAUUGAAGGCAUGGAGGAGUUCAGAGAGAAACUGAGGGCAGACAACAGCAUGGUGGUGGUGGGAGGAGCUGACGACAACCUCAGAAUCAACUCAGCCAAGAUGAAAUCAGAGGGACUGACACAGACCAUUGUGGAUCGCUGCAUUCAGGAUGAGAUUGCUGACUUCUUGUCAGGCGUCCUCACACGAGCAGAGGGCCAUGGCCAUGGCUCAGGGGAGAUGAGGGACUUGGACACAGAGAAGAAGAAGAGGCCUCGACGAGAGUUUCCCUUUGACAUGGAGAGAGGACGACCUUCCUCCCCUGCGCUUAGAGUCCCCAUCUCACCAUCGGGUUCAGAGGAUCUGUCUAGUGUCUGCAGCAGUCCCACUUCAAGUCCCAAACCCAAGACGUCUGGUCUGUCUCCAGCUCAGAAGUCCAGUCUGAUCACAGCAACCCAGCUACUCAAGACACACAUGCAGCGCUCUGGCACAGUGCUCACACACAAGCAGGCCCAAGUGCCAGUGCCUAGUGAUCAGAUGGAGGGCCUGGAUAGAGAUGAACUGAGGUCCCAUGGCAAGAGGAGGCAGACGCCUAGUCCCACGCCAAGCAAAGCCUCCAAAAGAGCAAAGAUCAAGGUCACCAUAGUUUCCCAAAGCGAGUCAACCGGGGGCUCUGCUACACAGGAAGUGGGUGUCUCUGGGAAGCCCCUAACAGUUACUGUGGGACAGACGGUGGCUGGAGCCAAGGAGCUCUCUGGACUUCUAACAGGCCAGCGGUCUGGUAGUCUCUCAGAGGUGUCUGGUGCCCUGUCCCCAGGCUCAAGCUCAUUCAACAGCGUGCAGCCUUGCAUGGUGUCAGGGUCCUCCACACCAGUCCAGGCGCAAGCACCGGCUACUGCCCCAGCGCCUUCCGCCAGCAGUCUGCUUCAAGGUCUAAGUUUCAGUCUUCAGGAGAUCGUCACCAAAGCUCCUAGCUUGCCCUCCACAGCAGCUAACACAGGCAGCACACAGGCGGUUUGUGGCCAGGGUCAAGUCCUGAGCUCCAUCGGUACCAGCAGCAGCACUUUGCUCCGGGCGGUGCCUGUGGUCACCACUGGAGGAGUGGCUAAAACCACUGCCAUCCACCAACUGCUUACUAAUGGCGGGCUGGCCAAACUUGCCAGCAGCUUACCCGGCUUGGCGCAUAUCACCAACCAGACCGCUGGGCAGAAAGCCCCCACUUCUAUAACGGUGACCCUUCGAGGAGCACAGCCGAGCAGAGUGGGAUCACUCAGCCAAGCUGGUGAGGCUGUGACGGCAGCUCGGACCCAUGAGCCUAAGCAAUGAAAAUCUCAGACCAAGAUUUCCAUUUGGCGACACACCUGAUCCAAGUAGCUACUGUGCCAGGGGCAGCUGGGAACCACAGCCUGCUGAUGGGAUUGAACCCUCCCCGCAGCGAUGAACACACUACCCUACAACACGCAGAGCACCUGUCUCGUAUCCUCCAGAGGGCUCCCCUGUCACGCUGGUUGCACUAGGCCUCUGCAGUUGUUGUCGGCUGUGUUUGAGACACCAUGAUGCUUUAACAACGUUUCUGCCCUCUUCUUACACCUUUAAAUUCAGCGAGCAAAGUCUGACAUUGAGCUAUCCAACAUCAUCCAUCCUCCCGGGAGAACAGUACCGAGGAUAAACUGUAACCUGUGACAAUACAACCGUGCUGCCCUACGAAAGGACAGAUGUGCCUACAUCUCUACUAAAAUAAGAUAGAAAUGUUAAGCUUUUUUUUUUCUGUGUGCACAUUAAGUUUAAAUCCUUUUGUCAUCUCAUUUGGCAUAGGCCUAGAUAAGUAUGAUUAGCAGUGAUGUCGGCUUGUGUGUAGAGCAUUUUGAUGUAACCACUGGAGCAUAUUUGUUAGACAUUUGAAUGAUUCCUAUGGCUUUAAUAUUAUUUAUCACAGUAAUUAUACACGGUAAUUAUAUCCAUAUCAUUACAGUAAUGCAUUAUGAUGAUUGCUCUUUCUUUGUCGGGCCAAAAAUAUGUUAUGAGCAAGAAUUAAAUUACAGUUGGUGAUUGCAGAAGCUACAUUAUAUUGUCAAAGCUGCCUGCUGUUGAUUGUGCAGCAGUACAAUGCUCUCACUGAAUAAUAUGCACUAUGCUCUCCAAAAGCCGCAAUACAUUAUGAUCGUUUAUUAUGAUUAUUUAUUAUCAACAGUACUUGUGUCCUGUAUAACCACAUGUUCCAUGAUCUAAACUGAAGGCAAUAUUUUUCGUCUGCACUGUAUCAUCACUUCAAUGCUGCAUAUGGACUAUUUGUCUGAAACCGCCACAGUAAACAGAAGGCCUG